AGAUACAAUGACGUCCACAUCUUCAGAGCUGGUACACUACAGGGGCCUGUUUCUGAUGGUCUUUGUGCUAGGGAUUGGAGGCACCUUUCAGUAUGGCUACCACUUGUCUGUGCUAAAUUCUCCAUCACCCUUCAUCAAACAAUUUAUCAAUGACACAUGGGCGAGAAGAUACAAGACUCAGAUUAGUGACGGGACACUUACUUUGAUAUGGUCUUUUGUGGUAUCUAUAUUCAGUAUUGGGGGUCUCAUAGGGUCCACUGCAUCUGGAUACCUAACUGGAAGGUUUGGAAAGAAGAAGUGUCUACUGGUCAACUCAAUUUUGCCAAUUUUCAGCGCUCUGCUCGUAGGCCUUAACCAAGUAACUGGUUACUUUGAAAUGGUUUUGGCUGGUCGUUUUGUUAGUGGUCUUAAUGCAGGUCUGGGAAUUAAUAUUCAUGCUCAGUAUUUGGGAGAGACUGCCCCCCGCAAACUACGUGGUUUCAUCAAUGCCACUGGACCCAUGUUUGUAACUUUGGGCAAACUGUGUGGCCAAAUUGUUGGGCUCAGAGAGUUAUUUGGGACAGAGUUUCUAUGGCCUCAAGUUCUGCUUUUGAGUGGCAUUACAUCUUUUGUUCAGCUGGUUUCCUUGCCCUUCUUCCCAGAACCUCCAAUCUAUCUUCUACUAGAAAAGGAUGACAAGGAUGCCUGUCAGAAAGCACUAAAGCAGCUGUGGGGAGACAGGGACCACCGAGCUGCCAUUGAUGAAAUGUUGAAGGAAAAAACUGCUGGAAAAAAAGGAAGAAUGGGUGUCCUGGAGCUGCUGCGUGACCCAUCUCAUCGCUGGCAACUAUUUGCUAUGAUUGGCAUGAUCCUUAGCUUGCAACUUAGUGGAGCCAGUGCAAUUUAUUUUUACUCAUAUGAUGUGUUCCAUAAUGCUGGUUUCCCUGAAGACCGGAUUGCAUAUGUCUCCUUAGGAGUUGGGAGUUUUGAAUUUGUCUCAGCUAUGAUCUGUAGCCUACUUAUUGAUCGCUUCGGAAGGAAGGCUCUAAUACUUGGAGGUUACAGCCUUAUGGCUUUGACACUCGCACUCUUAACCGUGACUCUCUCCAUGCAGAAAGCAUAUUUUUGGAUGCCAUACUGCAGUGUUGGACUAACCUUUACAUUCAUUUUCCUCUAUGGAGCUGGACCAGCUGGAGCCACCAUAUCUACGUGUGUAGAAAUCUUUGCACAGGCUCCCCGAGUUCCAGCCUUUGUUGUCUCAGGAGUUUUCAGUUGGGUUGGGCUCUACAUCCUAGGGAUGGUUUUCCCAUAUAUUGUGGAGAGUCUCCAACAGUUCUGUUUCCUCCUCUUCAUAUUUGUUAUCCUUCUUUUUGGAACUCUAAUAUUCUUUAUCGUUCCUGAAACCAAGGGAAAAACAAUUGUUGAAAUCUCACAGGAGUUCAACAAGCUGAACUUUAGGAGGCAAUACAAAGAGGACAAGCCAAGCAUGAGCCCAGAGGAUAUCCAAUGUACCAGUUUGUGAGCAACCAGAUUCAGCAAGAUAAGAGCGAAACACAGA